AUGGCUUCUAUCAAUACCGCAAGCCUCGCAACGCACUUCAAGUCCCUUCACAAACCUUCCCAACCACUCCUAGUCAUGAACGUUUGGGAUGGCGCAUCCGCAAUGGUACUUUCAUCCAUCCCCACCACGACCGCCCUUGCAACUGCAUCUUAUGCAGUUGCCAAGGCUGCUGGGCUGGACGACAAAGACCUGACACUCGAGGAUAAUUUACGCGCUGCCUCCGUUGUCGCUACUGUCUCCAAAUCUAGGGAAGGCGGACCACUUCCUGUGACUGUGGACCUGCAGGAUGGGUACGGUAGUUUCCUUGAAGAGGCGGUGGAUAAGCUGAUUGACAUGGGGGUAGUAGUUGGAAUCAAUCUGGAGGAUUUUAUGACCGCAAGGGACGGGGCGGAAGGUCGCUUUUACACCGUGGAAGAGCAGUGUGGGCGGAUCAAGAAGGCACUCGAUACGGCGGAGGCAAGAGGAGUGGGCGAUUUUGUUGUCAAUGCCAGAGCAGACCCGCUGUUGCACAAGGGGUCGUUGGAAGAGGUUAUCACCAGGGGAAAAAAAUAUCUUGAAGCUGGGGCCACGACUUGUUUCGUACUAGGAGCGUUGAAAAAAGACAUUCCCUCGUUAGUAAAGGAGUUCGGAGGUCGGGUGAAUGUUGGGAUGAAGACUGAGGAGGGGUCUCUGGCUCCGAAAGAGCUGGCCGACCUUGGAGUUGCGAGAAUCAGUGUUGGUCCUGGGAUGCAAAUGGUUGCAAUGAAUGCCAUACUCGAAGUCACAAAGAAGGCGUACACGAAUCUGGAGGAGAUAAACAUGUAA